UCUGAUGGCACUGGGUAAUAAUGCUGAGGCUCCUCCAGGAAGGUUUUAUACAUAGAGCCAGUGUCACCCGAAUGAUUCCUUUUGUGCAGUGCGCUGGAUUGCAGACAGCUGAUAUUGAUGAGUGUGCAGAGGGGAUCAGUGAGUGUCACAACCAUUCACGCUGUGUUAACCUCCCAGGGUGGUACCACUGUGAGUGCAGAAGCGGUUUCCAUGACAAUGGAAGCUAUUCUCCUUCCGGGGAGUCCUGUGUGGAUAUCGAUGAGUGUGCCUUAAAGAUCCACACCUGUUGGAAUGAUUCAGCCUGUGUGAACCUGGCAGGAGGGUUUGACUGCCUUUGUCCAUCUGGGCCGUCUUGCACUGGAGACUGUCCCCAUGAAGGUGGCUUCAAGAGGAACGGGCAGGUGUGGACCCUGAGAGAGGACAGAUGCUCCGUUUGCUCCUGCAAGGACGGGAGGAUUUUCUGCCGGAGAACAGCCUGUGACUGCAGGAACCCCAGCGCCGACCUCUUCUGCUGCCCGGAGUGCGACACUCGCGUCACCAGCCAGUGCCUCGACCAGACGGGGCACAAGCUCUACCGCAGCGGGGACAACUGGACCUACAGCUGCCAGCAGUGCCGUUGCCUGGACGGAGAGGUGGAUUGUUGGCCUCUUCAGUGCCCGACCCUGAACUGCGAGUACACAGCCAUCUCAGAAGGAGACUGCUGUCCUCACUGUGUCAGUGACCCCUGUCUGGCUGACAACAUCACCUAUGACAUCAGGAAAACCUGUCCAGAUGGUUAUGGAAUCACAAGGCUUAGCGGUGCUGUGUGGACAAUGGUGGGAUCUCCUUGUACAACCUGCAAAUGCAAGAACGGGAAUGUCUGCUGCUCGGUGGAUUUAGAGUGUCUCAACAAUAACUGACCUGGGCAGAGUGGACUGUGCCAAGGGAGGAAAACUGCUGGAGUUACCACCUGAAGGAAGCUGUGUGCAUUGGCAUUUUAUACAACGGACAAUUAGCCAAGUCUCCGAACGAGGAAGGUGUUUGGGAGUUGCCUUUGGGAGCUGUCACUAUGCUCAUCCUUGCUAGCCUUGUCCAGGUGACUUCCAGCACAGCAUAUAGAAAUCAAUGGUUGCUACAAGUUUUCAGUGUUGUAAAUUACACACCUUUCCUGUCAAGAAAUUUGCAAAUAUGUUUAAAUUAUUUCAUGGGUAAACUAAUGCUGUAUUUUUUGUUUUAAUUUGUGUAUUGACAACAUUGAUAGAAUUCAGCUCUUCUUAUUUUGAAUCUAGAUUUUACAAAUAAGACAGCCUGUUGUGAUUUUGUCCCAUGAUAUCACAUACUUGGUUCCAAGGUCCCUGUUAGAUGUAUUUAUGAAAAUAUGUAUGUAUGUACAGUCAGAUUGCAUAAUACUUAUAUUUCACAGCUGUCCAACAUUUUAAAGCAUUCAAAGGUAUGGACAGAAUGAAAGUAAUCAAAAUAAGUCUGUCUUAAACUAUAAAAUUAAAUGCCAUGAACUGAAUGAAAUGGCAGAAUAAGCACUUUCUUCUUCAAACAUGCAGAGCAGCAACAAGACUUCUAUGGUGAGAAAUGGAACUAAAACCCCAUCCCACUGCCAAUUCAACACAUAUUCGAGGAGGAAUCACCAGUCAUUAGUAUAAUUCCUCUGGAUUAUACAGUGCUAAAACUGUCAGAGACCCUUAAGAUUAUGUAGUUUAAGUUGAGUAGGUUAGAAUUUGCUUGCAUUUGUAACAUCAUUGAUGAGUUCAGAAUUUUUCCUCUUUUGUGUUUAUGGUAAUAAUGAUGUCUGUCAUCCUGUUACUGCUGCCAUAGUGACAAAGUGCAGAGGCACCUGUUCCAGCAACAGGAGACCUUAAUGCUUGGUAACUUCCAUUACCAACAGCUCAGAAACAGAUUUUAUCUUUUCAUAUUUUAUGGCAUUCAAAAAUACUUGAAUUUACUGUGUUGUUGAGGACCUAAGUUUAGACAGGAAUUUAAAUCAAGACUCUUAGCCCUAUAUGGAGGUUAGAUCUUAAAUUCUCUUCAACUAAUGUCUGUUUUUUUCCACAGGCUAGAAAGUAUUAGAACAAGAAUAUAUUUCUAUGGCGAUGCAUCUACAGCUUAAAUGUCACAUUUUUAAUGUGCUGUUGUGUUUUGUUCUGCUCAUUUGUGUAGUGUCUUUUUCUCUUUUUGUUUAUUUAAUUAAACACACUGAAUAUAUGGAAAAGAUUGCAGAAAUAACUAUAGUGGCUACAGUUUGGAAAGUCUACAUUUGUGAGUUUUUCAUAGUUUCAUGAAGAAAAUGUGAAACUGAUCAAUAAGAAAGAAGUGUGAGUAUACAGUGAAAAUAUUAGUUGUUAAACGAAGUACUAUUACAUUUAUAAGGGGACAGUGGCAAAGAAUAUAAAAUUACCUUCAGAUAUUCAGAUAACUUUAUUCCAAUUUUUUAACCAGGUUUUGUUUUAGUUAACAGCUUUGUGUGGUAAAGUUAAAUUUAUUUUCAUAAAAGGCCCCAUCAUUUUCAGCUAAUAGUGAAUUGACUCUAUUUGCAUUGCCCUGAUGAUUGUAUAAAAAGGGAAAGAGUUGUGUUUUAUAUGAUACUCAAAGGAUGUUUGUAAAUCAUAAUGUCAGCUCAUUUUGUAUAUCACAUUGUAAAACCCAAUGGUAAUUCAGUUGGAUAAGAUACCCAGUGGGCUGAGAUAUGAAGGGGAAUGAUUUAAAAUCUGUGGGCAUCUAAAUAAACUCCUAUGUACA